GCCGGGGACAGAAAGACAGGUAAGGGAGUGCAAGUGAAAAGCUGCCACUUUUAGCUUGGAACGACAGCUACAGCUCGAGAAUCUGCUGCUGGUGCUAGUAAUAGUAAUACCGAUCAGUCAUCAAAACAAGCCGUUUCAAGGGCCCCAAAUUCAUCUUUCUUCUCAGUAGACGAGUAUCACCAGGAGUCUUAGAUCUAUUGUCGUGAACGCGGAUGGAUCGCAGAAGGAUUGCGCUGUGGACGAAUGCAACUGAUGUUUAUAGCGGAUUGAUAGCAGCAUACGGAUUACUGUAGUGGGCAGCGAAAAGAAUAGCGAUUCCAUGCGAUGCGGUGACAACGCUGGGGAAAGCAGUUUGUAGUAGAAUUUUCAAGAUGAGUACUGGACAAGAGGUGGAUCGGGCAUUAGCCAUGGAAAUCGUAGGCAGGUUGAACCGAAUAUUUGGAGACGAGCAUUAUCAAGAUGUGAGACUUCUCGGUAUGCUUAACGAGCAUAGCUACAUAGCACUGGACGUAUUGAUUUAUGCAGACCAGCGCUUGCUGGAGUUGACUGGUGGGAGCACUGCAUUGAUCAAAGCAGCUCUACAGAUUGUCCCGUCCAAUGUACUCCAGGUCAGCAGGGACAAAAAGUAUAUCCGACGCCUGAAGUCAGAAGUUCGCAUUGUGAGGUACCUGGACAACUUGUUCAAGGACAACAGUGGCAACAACUCGGAUCUAUUGGGACCGGGCGAUGGAGAUGAGACAACCGUUUGGAUUACGCACAUUUUUUCUCGCCGCCCGGAGUUUAACAUAAUGGCCAGUAGCGAUGUGAGCCAUGUUGCCAGUGCAUGUUUGAGAGGCAGGCCCCGCUACACUCACCUCUGCAAGGAUAAGCUACGAGUGCGCAGGAAGACCCUGUUGGAGAAGAUCGCCAGCCAGAUCGAAUACUACUUCAGUGAUGAGAACUUGCCGUACGACAAACACAUGAAGAUGUUACUGGAUACUAUUGGGUCAGUCCCAGUUCACGACUUGCUCAAGUUCCCUGCGCUUAGACAGCUAUGUCAGAGUGCAAUGAUGGUGCUGGAAGCAAUAAAGGGCUCUCUAACGGUUGAAACCAUCAUGCGUAUGCCAGAGACGCUCCCUGGCGGGCCACACAUGGAAUCCUUGCAGCAAGGUGCAUCUGGUGAUGUCAUGCAUCAGUGCCUGCACCUGCAGCUCAUACCCAAGAAGCGGCAGAUUAUCAACUUCCUUGAGCACGUCUUCUCUGAAACAGAACUCAGCAGGGACAAGUUUCUACAGGGCCGGAUUGAGGACUCUACUGAUGGUUUCGUUCCAAUAAUUCUCUUUUUGACGUACAACCGAAUUGCAGCCCUGAACUGCUCUGACACAGAUGUCCUGGAGGCUGCCAGGAGCUGUGAGAAACUGGAGGUCAAUGAGACUGGCACCAUGCCCAUGGUGAGGCGAAAAGGCUUCAGAAGCAUUUGCCGGCGGCCGCGCAAGCUGAACCUGAGCAAGGCGGAAACUGUGGAAGACUUCCCGCUCCCGUCGCCCGCAACCAAAGAUGAAAUCAUCAAUCUCUUGCAGUACUACUUUGGAGAUGAAAAUUUCCCGCUGGACCAUCAUCUCCAAUCCAUUGCACAGGAUGAUCCUGUGUUGAAUCCUGAGGAACAGAAGCAGCAGUCGGGUGGUCUGCAUCGCACGCGCCCAUCCAUGGAUCGCUUGCUGUACGGUGGCUGGGUGUCGCUACACCACAUUGUAAAUCUCAAGAAACUGAAGCUGCUUCGCGUCACGCUGGCUGAUAUUCGCUCGGCAGUGACCAUGUUUAGCACGGAGCUCAAUCUCAGCAAGGACGGCAUGUUCAUCCGCCGCAGGCACCCACUGCCACCGACCCCUCCAGUCAUUGGUCGUGAUGGAUUGCAGUCGGAGAUGUUCUUCAAGGAUGAUGGUGACUCCCGGAGCUUCGUUGUCAUGCAGUACAAUGUGCUGGCAGAUGCGUUGUGUACAGAGUCUGUAUUCCCGUAUACAACGGAGAGAGUGCGAGACUGGGAGUACCGCCGCACAUUGAUUCAAAAGCAGAUCAAGUAUCGCAACCCGGAUCUGCUGUGCCUGGAAGAAGUGCAGUCUGUCAUUGAUGAGCAUGGCCAUCUAGUAAGGACUUUCGAUGGCAAGUUACCUGACGGUACCCCAGCACCGGACAACCACAUGGCUUGGUUCACCGGCUGGCUGGAGAACCUAGGAUACCAUGUCAAGUACACGGUCAAGGAGAAAGAUCCAAACAGGAAGCUCAAGGUUCAGAUUGGCAAUCUCUUAGCAUGGCGGAAGGAUGUGUUUGAGUACAUUGAAAACGCAGACAUUAUUCUCUCAAAGAAGAUCCAAAUGGCAAUCAACGCGUACUAUCAUACACACCGUACCGCUGCAACGACACCUGGCCGCUUUGAGACCAUGGUCCGCCGCUCCUCGCACAUGAUGGCCAACUUGAGCACGCAGGUGGCGUCCAUCGUUCGCCUACGUCACAAGGCCACAAACCAGCAGCUGGCUUUCUCUGGUAUCCACGUGACAGCAAACUACUUUGCGCCGUAUUUACAGCUUCUUCAAGUGCUGGUGUGUCUUCAGGAGAUCGAGCAGUUCACCUCUCCAACCCGUCGCUGCCCAGCCGAUAUGCGUGGCAUGCCCAGUGACCCCAUUCCCGUCGUGCUCUGCGGCGAUUUCAACAGCACACCGGACCGAAGUCCCAUCUCGCUGAUCCUCAACGGCUACGUACCACCGACUCACGUGGAUAUCAUGCGGGCGCAUGAGCUGAACAUGGUGGUCCCAUUCGAUGAAAUUCGACAUGGCCUGAAUCUGGAUUCAACGCAUCACUGGGCAUGGAGACAAGUUGGAGUAUUGAUCAACGGGCUUCCUAUCUGUGACCAGGUGUACAAGCAGGCGCGGGAUGAGAAAGAGCGCCAGCUGAGGUCUAACCAGCGGUAUCACCUGGGAAUGGAAAUUCAGAGGUUGCGUGAUGAGGGAGUAAUUCCCAUGCCUGGUAGCGAGGGGGAAAUACCGCCAAACUACAACGAGCCGAAGGCCAGGUAUGCCAUGGUUUGCUGCAAUGUCAUCAAUCUCAGCUUUCAGCAUGAGGCAGCUGCCAUGGCAGCAAUGGAAGCGGCGCCGCACAGAGUGCCGCCAGCAGCAAUGGCAGCAGCAGCAGCAGCCCCUACAGGUGCAGGCGCCCCAACAGCAGUACUACCAGGACCUGUUGGACCUGUUGGACCUGCUGGCUGGGACUUGCCGAGUGGUGCCAAUGCCGUCCUACAACCGCAAACCCUUCCCCCCAAUACUGCUGCAAGUGCGGGCCAAGCCUCCUGUUCCUCUUUGCUUGCAGGCCAUGCUGCAGCCACUACUGCAGCCACUACUGGCACUACUGGCACUACUGGCACUACUGGCACUAGUUCUAUUGCUAUGCCUAACGGCGGGCAUGUCUCCUCGGCUUCUUCAGCCAAUGGCCACCACCACACAUUCAUGCCAGGGACGACGGCAGGUGAUGGCAAUGCAGCAGCAAGACAUGCACCCGCACCCGCUCACGGCCCCCUGGGUGCGACGGCUUCCUUGCAGGCCAUGUCAAUCACUGCGGCAGCUCAAAGUCGAGGAGUGGCGUCUGCCCAGGCUGCUGAAGAAUGCAUGCCACUGCCGGCACAUCACCAGGCCACGUUGCCAUCACGUCAUCUGUCACUGGACCUAGACGACCGCAACAGCAGCAGCAGCAGCAGCAACGCUCUAGUGUUCUCUCGCAAUGGCAGACAGCCACCAAGUCUGAACCUGGACUCUACGCGUACCAGAUCAGCUGUCGCUGGCAGUGCUGAGCACUCAGCUGCGGGUGGCACGGCGGCGGCGGCGCAAUCACCAGUUGCACCUGGUAAUCCCUGCUUGGCCACCACUAACUACACGCACAACUUCUCUGGUACCCUGGACUACAUCAUCCCGUCAGUGGAUCGUGGGCUGGAGAUCAUACAGGCACUCGGUGGCCAACCGGUGUCUGUUCUCUCCGAGGAUACUGCUCUGCCCAGUGUACGCUUUCCCUCCGAUCACCUGCCUGUCGUAGCCAGGUUGCGCUUCAAGUAGUACUGUUGUCGUGAGUACUAGCGCUAGCAGCACUGUGUGUCACUGUGUGUGUGUGUCACUGUGUGUGCGUUGCACUGUGUGUGUGUCACUGUGUGUGCGUUGCACUGUGUGUCACUGUGCGUGUCACUGUGUUAGCACUGUGGUCUGUAUGCUGCCGCUGGGCAAAUUUGCUAACUUACAUCAUACAUGUUGUGGAGGAGGAAACAGAUGUGCGUGCACACAGGCACGUCCAACGUUUCACACGCACACUUUGCAUGCACACCCACCCACAUGCACAUGUGCACACACACACACACACACACACACACACACACACACACACACACACACACACACACGCGCGCGCGCGCGCGCGCAAACAGUUCCUUUUCCAUGUAAAGCCUUCAUCAGCCUUCACUUUUGCUUUUUUUUUAGGAUGCACUGUCUGAUCUGUGGACAUGCUAGGUAGUUUUAUUUGACAUUGCACUCACUUCACUUAGGGACUUAGGUUAGUUGUAAGAAUGCAAGUACCUAAUCGGAUAUUUUGUGGUGUUUAACCAUAUCCCACCAAAUCAAGACCAACUCCCAGUUCACUGCCCGAGGGCUAUGCCCUUCCAGAGUUCUGUCCAGAGGAUUCCUAAUUUCCACCAUACCAGUGUUCCAAGUUGGUGGUGUUGUUGUUGUUGUUGUUGUUGUUGUUGUUGUUGUUGUUGUUGUUGUUGUCAUCGUUGUUGUCGUCGUUGGUGCUGUUUUCUUUCUGCUGUUGUUGUCGUUUACGCUGGCAGUGGUGCAUAAUGUUCUUUUCAUUCAUGACAAUCUCAACAAGUUCCUCUACGUCUGAUUCCAUCCACUUCCCUUUUCA